AUAUCGCGGAGAACUUUUGGCCAGAUGCUGUUUGCGAAACUAACAGCCACCUAGAUGCAUGGAAAUUCAAGCCUUUAAUGAGCACAACAAAUUAAUUCAGCAGCUCGGAGAACUUCUCUUUCACUUUAUAGACGGGAAACGAGCACUUUAGGGUGAUGGUGUUUCAUAAUGAAUUGACGGGCGCCCCUUAUUAUUAUUGUCCCAGUUGUAAUCCAGCAGAGCGGCAUCCAGCAGACCUCCGGCGUGCUCCUGCAUUUUUUUGGGAAUUCGGCAGGGAAUAAGCCAGUUUCCCUUGUAAAGGACAGGCGCUGUGUGCCGCGGUCCCACACAGGCACCGCACAGCGAAAGGCGCCGGCGUCUUUGGAGCGGUUCGGGCUGCUCGCCCUUCGAUAAAGGGCGGACCGGGUGUUACAUCCUGCGCGCUAGAUGGUGCGGAUAACGGGACGCCUUGCUGACAUGGGCGAUCGGGAGGAGCACGUCUCUCAGCCCGAAAUAUGAGUCGCUGGUUGUAGAAACGGAAAAGUAUUUUGGAGUUAGAUGCCAUGGGUCCUGCUCCGCGUCCCCCGUCGCUGCCUCUCCCGGGUCAGUAUGCGGACGUCAAGCCGAACCGACGCUGCUUUCAACCGCAGACUCAGAGUAAAGGAGACAUUUUCCAUGCUGCCAAAUUUGGCCUUCUGGAGGAAUGUAAGCGUAUCGUCUCAGCUGAGGGGCCGGGGCUGCUGGACACGUACGACGAUUGGGGCCACUCGCCGGCUCACUAUGCCUGCCUGGCCGGCAGUGUGGAGGUCAUCAGCUUCUUCCUGGAAGCUGGUGCACCGGUGGAUCUCCCCAGCAAGGCGGAGUUGUCCCAGAGACCCAUUCACUGGGCCGCGGCAAACGGACACGAGGCUGUGGUGCACCUGCUGCUGGAGGCCGGCGUCCCCCCGAACGUGGAGGACCAGAGAGGCUGCACCCCGCUGAUCCUGGCCGCUCAGAACGGGCACACACCUCUCUGCUGCUACCUGAUAGUGAGCGGGGCCAAACCCAAUCUGUGUGAUGUGGAGGGGGACAACGCCCUGCACUGGGCAGCCUUCCAAGGACACCGGGAGCUGGUUCAGCUCUUGCUCUACUCAGGACUCGACCCCAAGCAGCCCGAUGACUUCGGCCAGACACCCCUGCACCUGGCUGUACUCAGUGCUGACAUGAAGACCGUGAAGCUGCUUUGUGAGCAGGAGGGUGUCUCUUUGGAGGUGGAGGACGGGAAUGGGAACACACCCCUGCAACUGUCGCGGGGACGCGAGCAUCGCGACAUAUCCGCCUACCUGGAGGGGGCGCUGUUGCAGGCGAGUCGGCGCAUCCCCUGCUUUGACUGGAGCGCCUUUGUGUUCGGCCCGCCUGGCAAAUCCAAAGGGCCUGUCCUGUUCCUGUAUGCUUGCCUGCUCCUAUGGGGAUACCCCACCUAUUUCUUCAAGAUUGCCUCUGUGUCCUUUAACAAGCUGUGGGAGUUCCACGUCACCUUCCUGCUCGCCAACAUACUCAUGUGGUUCCUCUUCCUAAAAGCUUCCCUGAUGGAUCCAGGGUUUCUUCCCAGAGACAGUGAGGAAUACGGGAAGGUCAUUAGACAGGCGGUGCUCUCCCAGGACUGGCAGAGGGACAGGAAUCUCUUGCUCCGCCUGUGUCACAGCUGCCACCUGGUGCGGCCACUACGGACCAAGCACUGCCGCGUCACCAACCGCUGCGUGGAGCACUUUGACCACUACUGUCCUUACGUCUACAACACCGUAGGGCGCAGGAACAGGGCUUACUUCUUCGGCUUCCUGAGCACCAUGAGUGUGAACUGCUUCCUGGGCCUGUACCUCUGUGUGGACUGGUUCUACACCAUGGGCCGCAACCUCUUCAUCGGCAUCGGCUUCAUUUUCAUGGCUGUGAUCGGGGUGAUAUCAGGCAUCAUGGCAGGCAUCUGUCUGUCCAUGGCGGUGCAGAACACCACCACCAACGAGAGGCUCAACCACCAGAGGUACAGCUACCUGCGGGAAGAGGGCGGCCGCAUCUUCACCCCCUUCGACCGCGGGCCCCUGCUCAACCUGCUCGAGUUCUUCCACCUGGUGCCCCCCCUGGGGGAGGACGAGCUUCUCGGGACGGACCAGUUCAUGGUGAUCUGACCGGUGCUGAAGUCGCGUCACGGAGGAGCAGACCCACCCGACAGGCUUCCCCGUGUGGGAGUCCCGUCUCUGAGCUACAGGAGGAAGAAGUGCCCAUGUGGGUUGACGUGGGAGCGAGUAGCUUGACCUGAUCUCCUGAAUUUUCCUGCAAGCCUUUUUUUGGGGUGGGGGGGGGUGUGGUUUUUUUGUAGUGAUCAAUGCUAUGCAAUACAUGAUACUUUAUGGUAUUAAUACCGAUGACACAUGGACAUAGACACUGGUGUGAUACCGACUGUCCCAGCAGAGAUGGCUGAGACAGUGUCUCCUAGCCAAUGUCCAGGAGGGUGAAUUUGGCCACACGGUCCUGACCCCCGUUACCUUCUGUGCCAGUGCCCCCCUUGUCUUCAAAGACAAAGGAGAUGCUGGCCAUCACUGAUUGGACGGGAACUAGAUCGUUUGUGUAUUUUUACACAUGUUGGACAAGCCAAGCCUUCAGUUAUUCUGCUUAUUUUUUAUGAUAUAUAUGCAGCCAGACCAUUUUUGUGGGUCUGUUCAAGGUCGCUGUGAUUUUGUGAGCUUCGUACUUCAGACUCGAGGUUUUCGUGUUUUUCGCUGGAGGCUCCACAUGUUGGCUCAGACACGUAGCGAUUACUGUCAGGCUCCGACGUCAUAAUGUGACUGUCAGUGGCGCUACACUGGAAUUAGCCCUGAAAUGUGAAACCUCGUGCGCAAACCAGACUGAAAGACCAGCCUGCAUUUCGUUGUGAGCCUUCACCUCGACCUCCAGAGUCUCUGAUUGUGAAGACCGACGUAUGCCACAAUAUCAGCAAUAAUUUGUAUCCGUUUACACGCGAGGGCAGCCCCACGUUAAGGAUGUUUUAUUAAAGCAAUUCAAGGUAGAAGGAUUUUAGUGGGACUUUGGUGACGGAAAGCCGUGGAUAAAAAGGGGGUUCUGUUGCUGUUUGGUCAAGCUGCAAACAGCCCUUUCAAAAGAUAGAACAUCUUUGGUGAUAUUUAUUAUGCACACUAUUUUAUUAAAUUUCUUAAGAAGAUGGAAAAGUGGAAAGAGUACGUGACUGUAAAAUUCUGUGUAACCCCUGGGCCUGUUUAGCCCUUUAAGGGCCGUCCUGACCAGAGGGGAACUGCGUCCAUCCGACAGCCAUGCAGUGCUGAAAGCACAGGGUCAUCUCAGGAAAGCUCACUAGAGAAUUUUAGCCACUUAGACUUUGCAUACCACAAUCAUUUUAUGGGUUAUAUCAACCUUCAUGCCGUAUCGCAGACAGCCUUUUUGACACUGUGGAAUCCCGUGUAAUUGGCGUGUUCUGUACUAUUUUGUAAGAGAGUCUCCAGUCUCUCGCCUAAGCUAUGCAGCGUGUCCAUGACUCGUGCGUGGAAAAAUGUGUGCACAUUAAUUAGCCCUCUACUGCUGUAUAUGUCCUGUACUUAAGUCUUCACCAAACUACCAAUGACAUAAUAAAAUGUUGAAAAUGUUCAGAAGCUCCUUUUGUAAGGGUGUCGAAGUGCUUAUGAUUAGAGGGCCAAUUGAUUAUGGCACAUUUUUGUGUUAUUGCGUCUUAAACUUACAACAAUACUGUAUGUAGCUUGUCGAAAAGCGUAUUGUAUUUGUCUGUAGUGUGGCGGAUUGCAAUUGUAUUAAACUGCCACAAGAUGUCGCUUGUAGGUCAAAACCGGCUCAGGGUAUCUUUAUCUAUAGGAAUAGCCUACAACAGACCGUUAACUGCAGUUUCCAUUAGCAUCACAUUUAGAAUUCCGAGACAAAUUAGCUAUAAUCAUGAGAACAGAACAAAAAACAGUAAAAAUCCCAUGAGCAGGAUUAACCAAGUUCUAAAUAAUUUGCAAUGAACCCAAAUGUAACAGUAUUGAGAUUUAUGCAACUAUUGACUAUAUCCAGACUCCGCUGUUAGAUGUCCGAACCGUACGAACUGCCUAUAUUUUCAUGCAUAUUUUAUUGUACUUUUCUUGUAUAUUGAUGUAUUUUAAAUAUUUAGUGCACCAAUAAAAACAAGAGAGCAUAA